AUGAGGGAGGGGAUGGGCCGUAGAGGAGGGAAUGAAGCAGCCUUGACCGCAUCCGAUGCCGCUGCUGACGGCGCAGGAACAAGCAGCGAUAUAAUCGCACCCGCUUCGAAUGAGGCCUCGAUAGAGUCACAUCGAAGCGAUGAUGGCUUUAGGGACUCGCGGUCUACGUCUCUCGAUAACACUGGAAACACCGGCAGGGAACGGGGAACGACUAGCGUGAGUUUAGGAAGCAGCGGUGGUGAUGACACGUCAGCGGGGGACACGUCAGUUGCCGAGGAGACAGCGCCAGAUGCGGAGAGGGAGCUUUCAGCCGCCACUGCCGCAGUGGCAGGCAAAGGCGCUUCGGACGCAGCAGCUGCAGCAGGCGAAGAGGCGAAACACGCAGCAGGAAACGCGCCGAGUAGCACCGAGAAAGCAGCAGCGAGUGCUAGUAGCAGUACUGGUCCUGCUACUAACGAGGAUAAAGGCAUCCACGUGUUCGUAUCGACGGACGAGACGGACCUCCGUCCGAUCGCGGUGGUGAUCAACUCGACGCUCGUGAACGCGCGCGAGCCGUGGCGCGUGGACUUUCAUCUAGUGGUCCCGGAGAAAAACGUCGCCGCGAUGCGGAAGAAGCUGCUGCCGCUCUUCCCCUCCACGCGCAUCGAGAUCUCGAGCUCGUCUCCAUCUUCAACUCUCUCCCCCCUGUCGUCUCCCCUUCCCCUCCUGCCCCUUCCCCUCCCCUCUCCUGUUUCUUCCCCUCCUGUCCCUUCCCCUCCUGUCCCUUCCCCUCCUGUGUCUUCCCCUCCCCGCAGCAUCAGCCCCUCGCUCGCCAACGGCACUGCGGCUGCCACUGCUGCUGCACCUGCUGCUGCCACUGGGGCAGCGGGGGUGGAGGGCGGCGCGAUGCGGAUGGGGUGGUGGGAGAAGCUCGGCGCGCUUAUCACGUACAAGGAGGGCAGCGGCGCUCGCAAGGAGCUCGUUUCCAUCUUCAACUUCCUGCCGUUCUACCUCCCCCAGAUGGCGCCGCAAUUCCGAAGAAUUGUGUAUCUAGACGCGGAUAUUGUCGUGGUGGGUGACAUUGGAGAGCUGGCUGACGUGGACAUGGAGGGGCGGCCAGUGGCAGCAGUGCAGGACUGCAUGCAGACCUUCAAGACCUACUUUGACUUUGACCAGCUGGUGACCAUUCAGGCUCGGAACGACCCUUCUAAGCCUUGGAUGCCCUCGGGGCCUUUUGAUAAGACCACAUGUGUCUUCAACCGUGGAGUCUUGCUCAUGGAUGUGCAACGCUGGUUACAAAGUAACAUCUCAGGUGCGAUCGAGUGGUGGAUGGCUGAAUUCAGUCGCGCACCCAAUCCCCUUUAUAAGUUCGGCAUGUCGCAGCCGCCGUUCCUGUUGACGAUUUACGACCGGUAUAAGAAGCUGGACCGGAUCUGGAACACCCGAGGCUUGGGACGGGACAGGUUCGGCGAGAAGGAACGGGACUACCUAGCCACGAUUGGACUCGGGCGGCCACCGAAGCGGCCGUUUGUCAGUUUCUGGGCAGAUUCGGCCAAGAUUUUACAUUUUAACGGGAAAUUCAAGCCGUGGAGAGGGAAGAGGGAGAGGAGGGAAGGGGAGGAGGUGAAGUCGGUGUGUGGGGAGAAGAGGUUCGACUGUGCGAAGCUGUGGUGGCAGUACUUGUCUCCCGAAGCUGAGGCUGAGCUUCGGAGGAAAGGCAAGGGGAAGAAAGUGAGUGCUGCAACAAGUGCUGCUGUGCAGAAAGCGUAG